UUGGAAUUUGCAACUGAUCCUCAUUGGACGAAUCAAAGUUUGAGAGUUUCGUUCAUAGCAUCCUUAGGAAUAUCGCCUGAAAUAUAUAAUCAGGUCUUUGAGAACAUCGAUGCAAAUUCGAAUACAAGCCAAUCAACGCCUCUGAUUGAAAACUGGUUGAAUGCAUGUCAAACAUUUCAUCCCAAAUGUAAAUUUCAAAGGCCAGAGUUCAUACCAACAAGACUCAUAGAUCUUCAAGGGGACCAUCCAAGACUUUGUUUGGGAAACCAGAUCGAGAAACGUGAUCUUCAAUAUGCUGCCUUAAGCCAUUGUUGGGGGACCCCGGAGAAGAAAUAUCAGACAUUAACAAAAUCAACCUUAAAAGAUUACUUGGCGAAAAUAGAAAUGGAAGAUCUUCCGAAGACCUUUCAUGAUGCCAUUGAAGAUGAUAAAGAAGACUGGAUGAGAGAGUCUGUCACUAUGGUUGAUGUCUACGGUGGCUGUUUGCUGAAUAUUGCUGCAUCUAGCUCCAUUGAUGGAAGUCAAGGAUGCUUUUUUGAUAGGCGAGAUGCCCCGAGGUGCCGUAUUUCACUAAAGAUCAUUGGAAAGAACGAUAGUAUGUAUGAUUGUAAACAAGUUACGAAGCAUCCUCUAGACAAUCCCAACGUUUGUCCGUUAGAGAGUCGAGGAUGGACCUUGCAGGAGCGCCUUCUCUCGCCACGAACCGUACAUUUCACACGGGAAGAAGUAUUUUGGGAGUGCCAUACCAAGUUUGUUUCGGAAAGCUCCCCUUCCCACUCUAAUCCAUGGGAAAGACGCAAAAAGGAACCGCUUUCAAUCGGGAUAUGGAGCAAGAUUGUUAUGAACUACUCAAGCCGACAUUUAACUUACGAAGCGGAUAGACUCAUAGCACUAGCCGGAAUUGCAGCGAAAAUACAGCAACAGACAAAAGAUGAAUACGUUGCCGGAAUGUGGUGCAACAAUCUAAUGUGGCAACUAUGUUGGGACGUCUCUUGUCACUGCGUAGGCCGAAGAAGUUCACCCCGACGAGCUCCAACAUGGUCUUGGGCGUCUGUCGCAUCGCCGAUCACCAUCUGGGAGAUGUAUGAAUCCCGGGAUUUUCCGUUAUGUAAGGUUUUGAGAGUCGAGAAACCAGCGAAUCAACAUCAAUUCAGCGACAUGCCGAAUGCAGCACUAUGGUUAUCAUGUCCCCCAUUAUUAGUCAAUAAAGGGACUCCGCCAUAUAUCAUGGUCGUGGAUGGAAAAUUUAUCCCCGCUCUCAGUUUGACCUUUGACUGUGAAGAAGAUAAAGCAUCUUUCAACAUGGACAGUGAUAUUUGCAAUUUGUAUAUAUUGCGGCUGUUUGAUGAUGAGGCAUUAAUUUUGAGACGUAUUGAAGGAACCCAAGGACUUUAUGAGAGACUAGGUCUGCUGUCGUUGUUCACUUGUAGACAGUUGGAUCCGAAUGAUGAAACAAAUCAUGCAGAAGAGACUGCCUAUGUUCCGAGGGAGAAACACGGUUUUGAUACCGAUGAGCAUGUCAUAUGUUUAGUUUAA